CCCGAUUGUGCGAGUCCAUUACAGAUUACAGAGACAGGCCAGUCUUUGGUAUUUGAUUACACGAGACCGGUGGGAACUGUCAUCUGUCUUCGGCACUAGCGAUUCGACCCAGUCCAACCCGUGUACGAACGCUACCCAACACGCGUAUCACAAUUCCCGACGAUCCGAGACGACAAAGCACAGCUUUAGUAGCAGCGCAGGAGACCACACAUUGGAGGGUGUGGCAAUCUACUACAGCGUCAACAGGGCAUGAAAUAUACCUGUUUAUCGUUGUAACUGCUGGCGUAUCCCAGCUUCACUUUCGGUUUCCCUGAUUACGACUCUGUGACGGAGACCUGCUAGUCCAAAAUGGCUGACCCCUUCGCGCCUCGCUCUAUGAAGCGCAAGAACGUCAAAGGCCUGGCUUUGACACCUGCUGCGCCCAAGCCUCCACCGACCGCCGAGACCAGCAGUCACCGCGAUAAGGACGGCGGUGACCAGUCGGCACAAUUGGAGAUUGGCAUCGAGUACAAGCUGGAUCUGCGACCAGAGGACCUAGAGAUUUUGAAGGAGCUCGGUUCAGGAAACGGAGGCACCGUCAGCAAAGUCAAACAUGUUCUUACCGGAACUGUCAUGGCACGAAAGGUCAUCCACGUGGAAGCCAAGAAAGAAAUGCGCAAGCGCAUUGUGCGUGAACUUCAGAUUAUGCACGGCUGCUCGUCCGAGUACAUCGUCAACUUCUACGGAGCCUUUCUCAACGACCACAACGACGUCAUUAUGUGUAUGGAGUACAUGGACGUUGGUGCUUUGGAUCGGGUAUCCAAGGUCUUUGGGCCUGUUCGAGUGGAUGUGCUCGGAAAGAUUGCCGUGGCUACCUUGGGAGGCUUGACCUACCUCUACUCGAAGCAUCACAUCAUGCACAGAGACAUCAAGCCAUCCAAUAUUCUGGUGAACUCUAGGGGAAGCAUCAAGCUUUGCGAUUUUGGUGUGUCUGGAGAGCUGAUUAACUCUGUUGCUGAUACGUUUGUGGGAACUUCAACGUACAUGGCACCCGAGCGAAUCCAGGGCGAGAAGUACACAGUCAAGUCAGAUGUGUGGAGUUUCGGUCUGACCAUCAUGGAAAUGGCCAUUGGAAAGUUCCCCUUCAACGCAAGCGAGCAACUUUCGGACGGCGAGUGCGCACCCGCCGGUAUUCUGGAUCUUUUGCAGCAAAUUGUCCACGAGCCUGCGCCCAGGCUACCUAAGAGUGAUGCCUUCCCUUCGAUUUUGGAAGACAUGAUUCAAAAGUGUCUGUCCAAGGUUCCUGACGAGCGGCCUACCCCUCAGGAGCUCUUUGACCGUGAUCCGUUCGUCCAAGCUGCCAAGAGGACACCAGUAGACCUGAGAGAGUGGGCGGUUGGUAUGAUGGAGAGGGACAAUCGCAAGUCUCACUUGGCGCCCCAGCUUUCUCCCGCAACACGCGAUCUGCUCAACUCCAAUGAUUCCCCAACAUAUCACGGCGGUUCUGGAAACGAUCGAUCUUUGGACACGCCUACUUCAGGAGAAAUUCCCAUCGCCGGCGCUGGCAUUAUCUCUCCGAGAGAGCCCGCCAGUCACUCCAACCGUUCUCCCACUAGAAAUGGGCUCAACACAAUGAGCAGUAGACAGCCGGGUGGCCAUCCUGGGAUGGGACAGAGGAUUGUUACCACCAACUCGAUACCCAAGGUUGGCGAGUAUCCAAACAGUGCUGGUCCGGUGAGCGCCAAUGCUGCGUCGUUUAGCCUGCCUGUUCGCCCGGCCCCUGGCGGACCUCUCCCCCCGGCUCCUCCUCGGAAGGGCACACCUGAUGAUCCGAGAAGAGAGAACCGGAGACAAGCUACCUUUGGCAUGCCUCCGGCGCCCAGAAGCUACGCAAGCGAUGUGUACAACGGCACCUCCAACUAGUCGCAGGAGGGCUUCGACUAUACGCAUAGCGUUGGGCCUCAGUCCCACCAAGCUCACCCACUGCAUAAUAGAGCAUCAAAUCGCGCCAUUUCGCUACAACAGCCACAUCCAUCUUUCAGCCAGGGGCCAAGGACUUGCAAUAUCUCUACCCAGAUGGCUUUCCGACCAGCAUCUGACGAACGGGUUCAACGGGCCAUCGCAUCAGCUCCGAUCUACUCGUCUCAGAAGAUGGACAUGCCCGAUGACAGAAGCCGCAGGACGCGUCGCGAUGACAAUGUCGCCGGCUUAGAAGACCCCUUCAUCUAGACGCGUAGCAAACCUGGGGUGAAGCCUCGUGCAUCAAGUUUCAGCGGCGAAAUGUGUCGACUCGAUCGUAGGGAAGCUUCU